AUGCCGCGUAGAAGAAGAGGAAGACGGCGUCAGAUGUAUCGUUACGACGAGGAGUAUGGACUACUUGAGGAAAUAAUCAAAGUGACGUCACCUCCAGGCAAGAUAAAGGUUGCAAACCGUUAUGUGCGUCCAUCUGAGCCGAUUGCUAUAUCAGACUGGAAAUCUGUUAAUCGUACCUAUUGCGUUGUAUGUCGGGAAGGCGGAGAACUUCUGUGCUGUGAUGCAUGCCCGGCUUCAUUCCAUCUUCUAUGCCAUGAGCCGAUUAUUCGCCGAAAAACUAUACCUCGCGGUCGGUGGCUCUGCAAUAGAUGCCAUCACGUCGGCACCGAUGCGCCUUCACGUAAACGCAACCGCGUUUCUAUACUGAAUGAAGAAGAGCACAGACUGCUAGAGCUGAAUCGUAUCUUCACUAGCAGACACACCACGAACAUAGUCACGUUCUACGUAGCUCUUUCCACAUCCUUAUCAAAUUGCAAUGCUCGUCAGUUUGAACUUCCCGUAGCCUUGCGCAUAGAUGGUCUCCUACCGUACCGUGGUCUUGCGCAACCACGUUAUCUUGUCCUUGAUCAGCCAUGUACAGUUUGCAAUGGGAUGGGAGAGGAAUCACCCAGGAUUCGUUGCGAUUUCUGUCGUUACGUUUACCAUAUGGACUGCCUUCAACCUCCUCUAUGUACACCUCCAUCGGAAACAUGGAUGUGUCCAAAUCACGUCGAACCAAUUGUGGAAUCAAAACUACUUACCUCCAUAAGUGUCACCGAACGUCGUCAUCUAUGGGCGAAAUACGCUAGGCAAACCGUUGAUGAAUCUUCAAUACUUAAAAAAUUUCUAGACAAAAUCUUCGAAACUCAUAGCGAGUGGAAUCCGAAUUACAGACGAAAUGAACUCUUUGAAAACGACACUCGCAAUUCUUUGGAACAAGGCUCUUCACUGAAUAACAUCCAAUCAACAGCCGGUGCAAUCGCUUCUAGUUCAGAGGAGCCCGCCGUGUUAGUAGCAGAUCGUCCUGGAAUAUGGCGUGAUCGAGAGUGGGAUUGUGAACGAUCUCAGAGCACUAGCCUGAACUAUAGGGAUCAUCAUUCUCCCUCAAGAUCUACUUUACAUACAGCUAGAAGUCCAUCUCCUGGUUUAGUUGCAUCACAGCAUAAAUGCGUAGAUUCGACUCCGUUUUGUUCAGCUGUGCUGCCAAUCUCGACUUCGGGAUCGGAAUCUCGUUCCAUUGAUCGCAUGUAUACCAUAAUGUUGCCCGCCUACAACAAUGUCAAAGCUAAAGAAAGGGAAGAAUUACAAUUUAUCCACGUAGAUUUUGCUCUGGACGACGACAACUGCUCCUUGGAUUGCCGAUCAUAUUCCACUUGCGAAGACGUAUGUCAUCGUCGGAUUGACAUUAAUACAGGAGCAUCUGUGCUUCUUGCAACGCAAGAUACAGCGUCGCGAUUCUCUGAGGGAUACGAUGACAAAAAGAUUGAUAGCACAAAAGUUGAAUCAAUGACGCACACUAUACCUAUGAAUGUUCCGCAAUUAGACACCUGUUCUAUAACCUUCCACGGUUCUGUACUAAGAGCCCUUAUAGAGGGUCCUGACGGAUCUUCUCCGGAACACAUCACAAAAAACAAAUCAAUUGUAUUGAAACGCAUGAAUCGACCGGGAACACUUGUCAUAAAAUCCUCUCUGUAA